UCAGAUCCCAACAUCCUUGAAACAGGGGAACAGGCAGAAAAAGUACUUCAUCCCAAUACGGACAAAGAGUGCUGCUUCAACAUUUGUUUUGAAGAGGAUUUGGGAUUUCACAUCUGUGCUAACUGCACAAAUCGUUCUCUAAAAAAAGACCUCAAACAUCAGGAUACCCCAACAGCUCCUAAGUGUGAUGUGGCCUUACCCUUUCUCGGUCAUCAGCUGGAUACAACAAGUAUAUCAUCGAUAAGUCGUUGUUCCAAAAAAGUCAGUGCAGUGGCUAGCAAGUCAUAUUUUUCCGGAGCCUCUCAACCAACAAACUUACUCGAUGAGCUAACGACAUCAAUCAGCACCAGCACUAGUGCAACAUUAUCAUCAUUCUCUAUGAUGAUAUCUUCAUCAAGUUCGUUAGCAGUCAGCAUUUUUUCAUCACCAGUACCACUGCUUUGUCUUUUUUGGCUCUGCAACACUCUUUUUUCGAGUCAGUACUCAGUAAGCUGCUUUCUUGAGCUCACAGAUCAAGCUAAACUCUGUCUCCGAAUAAUAAGCAUCUCCUACACCCACAUCCUUUUGUCUCUUCGUAUGAUGCUACUUUCUCAGUUUGAUUAUCAGGGAUACCCAGCUUACCAAAACUGGCGGCUUCUAUGGCAAAGUGCUCGGUACUUCGUAAUACUUAUGUAUAUCUUCUACGGUGCUGGAAUCGAUGGAAGUGUGGUCUUAAUAAUUAAAAAUAGUAAUAGUCUUAUCAUUAGGGUGCAUCGACUCUGCCACCAUCAACAACGUGACUGCCAUUACCACCGAUACCACUGGUGGAUCUAUCCUUGUCGCUGGAAGUGUAAGCACUCCCUUCAGCGAACAAAAUCUAACAGAGAACACAGGAAAGAUUUCUAUUGUUUGUACUGGUAGUUUUAGAAAUUUUCGUGGUCAGACACUUGGAAGAUCUGGAGAUGCAAGAUCCAAAAGCCACUGGAAUCUACAUUUACAAAAGACUAGCAGCAGAGGCCCCAAUAGUCAUGAAAAAAAUACCGGCGUAAAAUACUCUUUCAACUCUUGGGCUGCCAUAAGCUAGGUCUUAUCCAAUGCAUCUUCUGGUACAAGAAAACCUUGUCACAUCAUUGACCAUUUAUUAGCAAUAUUUUCUGUAUUUUUAUCUUUACCUGAAAAAAAUUCUUGCUUUCUUGUUCGCUUCUUUAACGUAUAAACUAUUAAAUUGUUAAAGGUCUCCGUAUAACUCUUGAAAAAAGGCAACAAACGUUAAUAAAACAAAUAGUAAUGCUAACAAUAUUUAAAUAUUUUGCAAUAAUAAGUAAUUAUUGGUUAACAAUUGCUUACGUCAGUCGCAGAGAGUUAUUUUUUAAGAAAUAAACAGUUUCAAAAGUAGCACUGUUGAGCGAAUAACAAAACUGUUAAUGACAUGGCAAUGCUUAAAAAAACUAAGGUGUGAUGAAGAAUGUAGGUGUAUGUCAUAAGAGCAUUAUGUAUUAUACAUCUUAAAAAUGCUGUGUAUAUCCAACAUAGAAAUCAUAUACAUUGAGUAGUGGGAUCACCUGAAAUGUCCCAUUAAUGGAAACAGAAAAUUUAAAAAAUAGCACUAUUAAGAGAAUAAUGAAACCGUUAAUGACAUGGCAAUGCCUAAAAAAAUUGAUGAGUAAGGAAAAAAGUGAGUGAAUAUUAUAAGCACAUAAUGGGUUAUGCAUCUAAAAAAUGCUGUGUACAUCUAAUAUAAAAAUUAUAAACAUAGAGUAGAGAGGUAAGCUAACUAGUCCCAUUAAUUAAAACUGAAAAAAGGUCCCAGGGCCUGUCUAUCAUGCCCUUAGAUAGAGAUAAAACGUAGCCGGAGACAGUCAAAGAUUAGAAUAAUCGUAACCUCAACACCUUGGAUUUACGUCCCUAUAGACCUGUUGUGCCAGAUCCUUUCACCCAAUAAUAUUGUAACACGAGAUCCUCUAAGCACGGAACAUGUUAAAAGAAGUUAUUUGCAAUAACAAAAUGGUUUAUAUGAAAGAAAACUAUAAAAUAUGUUUAACUGUCUUUAUUUAUUUAAUUAAAAGCUUUAGUUAUGCAGGAUUAAAAGGUUAAAAUAGCCAGCUCAAGUAGAAAAACUUCUACCGUGAUAUAAAGGGUAUUGGUAUGGAACAGGUAUUCUUCAAAAUCAAUCUUUGUAAAAAAAUUUGUUUAUUUGAUUAUGUUGUAAGAACCACGUUAUGUAUUUAACAUUUCAUCAUAAAACAUUUUGCAGGGUAAUUAAAAACCAAAGAAUAACGCUUAGAAGUCGAAUAACUGUAUGGUAUUUUAUUCUUGUAUCCAAACUAUAGAUUUUCGAAAAGCAUGAUGCUUAAGCUUUGAAUUCUCAUGUUUUUAAAGUGACACUGCUAGACUGUCUGUAAUCUUUAUAUGUUAUAAUACUUGUAACUUAGAAUAUUAUUCAAGUGUUUUUAAAAACUUUUUAGUGUAAUUUUCAAAUAAAUUGUAACAAUAUUGUGUUUUGCAUCGAAAGUCUCUUUAGAUCUUAUAGUGUGGUCUAAGUUCUUAAAGUCUUUACCGUAAGCCCUCCUUACAUUUA